AUGGCUUCAAGAUUAAAGAUCUGGGGUGCAUGCAGGACUCUGGCGGUCCGACCGCAACCCGCCCGCCUGCCAACUCAGCCGUUCCGAGUCCAGAUCUCGCCAUCUCGAUUCUAUGCCGACGAUGCGACCAACAAAUCUUCCAAGCCUGCUACCGGCGCAAAGGUAGAAACAUUCGGCUCAGACACCAAAUCAGAAACAGGGAGCGCUGGAGUUGCUCAAUCGAGCGAAUUGGCUCAGAAGACGCCCGAAAAGACAGCUUCAACAUCACAAACGUCAUCUAUCGAAACGCUGGACGAUGCGGCAUUGGAACAGAUUCUAUAUGGCGGCCGGCCAGCGACAAGCCAACGGGAAGGCGGCUUGACGGAAGCGCAAGAGGACGCCUUAUAUCGUGAGGGUGUUAUCCCCCCGCCAGAAGAGGCAGACGCCGCUCUCGCCAAAUCAGAAACCACUGCUGAAUCGCGAUCAAUACUCCCCGUUGGCUCAGAGUUGCAAACUGCAGGCCACAAAUUUGGCCUACCUACGAAACCCUACCCGGAUGGGUUCAACGUCAAGAAGCGAUACCACCCGGUGCUGGAGCAGAUCACCAGGCUUCUGAUGCGCCAUGGAGAGCUCAGCGUUGCGCAGAGAAAUAUGGCCAUGGUCAUGAACUUUUUGCGAACGGCACCCGCCCCUAUCUACAGUCCGAAAUUCCCCCUAUUACCGGGGACGCCUCCCGCCUCGCACCUCCCCCUUAACCCCGUUCUCUACAUCACCAUCGCCAUUGACUCCGUUGCGCCGCUUCUCAAAGUAAGGAACAUUGCCGGCGCUGGUGGAGGAGGCCGUGCGCUUGAGCUUCCGGUCCCCCUCGCAGUUCGGCAACGCCGAAGGAUGGCCUUUCAAUGGAUCCUGGAUGUCAUCAACAAGAAGCCCUCAAAGGGCAGCGGACGAACUCAGUUUGCCCACCGGAUAGCUGAGGAGAUUAUCGCCGUGGUGGAGGGCCGAUCGAGCGUGUGGGAGAAGCGGAAGCUAGUGCACAAGCUUGGCACUGCGGCCAGAGCCAACGUGGGCUCCAACAAGCUCAAGACCAAGAAGAAGAAAUAAACAAUUAAAGAGGGAAAAUUUUAUGACGCGACGGCGAAUAUCGAAUGUAUAUUAGAUGUGUAUUCUACGGCAAGG